AUGGCGGAGGCCCGGCACUGGCUCCCGGCCGCGGCGGCUGCGCUGCUGCUGGCAGUGUGGGGUGCGGCGGGCGUGGAGGUGCGCAACUGGGGAAGGGACAUCGUCACGAAUCCCGCGCAAUUCGUGACGGUCAGGAGCGCCGACGACAUCGUGGAGGUGGUGAGGGACGGCGAGUCGUACCCGGCGCCCGUGCGGGCCCUGGGGUCCCGGCACUCCAACACGAAGGUGAUCAUGGCGGACGGAGGCACUGUGGUGAACAUGAGGAAGAUGAACGCAAUCCUUGGGCACGACGAGUCCAAAUUGACUGUCACAGUGGAGGCGGGGGCGCUGUACAUAGAUGUGUCGGAGUACUUGCAGAAGCACGGCCUCAUGCAUUACGUGAACACCGAGUUCGGCAGCAUAACCUCAGGCGCGGCCGCCGUGGCGCACACCAAGGACGCGGCCUUCGUGGGCGAGCACGGGCAGAUCAGCUCGUACGUGGUGGGCGUGAAAAUCGUGACGGCUGACGGUGAGCGCUUGCACAAGUCGCGCGCGGUACAUGACGCAAUGUGA